UGUUCCUUAGGCCACGUUACCAACAGUAAACAGAACCUGCACAAAUUAUCAGUUCCGAACUCUAGUCGGUAGGGAUCCCGCAAGUCUUUUCUUGUUGGCUGCCGCGCACCAACAUGUCUGAACCAGAUGGCUUGAGCAUGUCACUUGAGGACCUUAUAAAGAAGCGUGGAUUUACCGGUGGUCGCGGCGAUAAACCCGCAUCCGGACAGCAUCGCGGAGGUGGCCGCGCAGGAGGCUCGGGCGGCCUGGGCGUACGCGGUGGUGGGGUCCAGAAAUUUUCAGACCGCAAGGUCUUUCAGGGCCGCGGCGACCACGGUGGCGGGCGAGGCGGGUUCGGCAGGGGCGACCGCGGGGGCUUCGGCGGACGCCACACUGCCCCCGCUGGGCAAGGCUUCGCUGGCCGCGGCGGCCGCGGCGGCCGCUUCAACGGUGGUGGCGCCGGUGACUUCGGGGGACGGGGUGGUUUUGGCGGCCGUGGUGGCUUCGCCGGCGGCCGGGGCGGCUUUGCGGGGGGCGCUGUGCCGGCAGCGCCGGUGAGCCACGUGCAGACGUACCUGGACGACGCCACUGGGAACGUGGUGGUCAAGCUCAAGGACACAGAGAUUGUGACCGUGGCACCCGGCGGCGAGAUCGUGCUCAGCACGGACGGCUGGUUCACACAAACCACGCUAGACCACAUGAACAAGGCGCUGAAUGUGCUCCAGAUUAAGGUUACGGCCAACGGCGACGUGCGGGACGGCAACUGGCAGGUAUCGUACGGCCCCCACCUGCUCCGCUACUACGACGGAAUCGUGCUGCACCCCAAGAACCCAGCCACCGCCGCGCAGCGCGCGCCGGCGGUGCUCGCCGCCAUGACCGGGGCCGCGGCCGGCACAGGUGGCUACGGUGGCGCGCAGGGCGGCUUCGGCAGCGGCGGCGGCUUUGGCGGCGGCUUCGGCGGCGCGAACGGCGGCGGCUUUGGCGCGGCGGGCAUGGGCAUGUACAACCAGAUGGGCGGCAUGGGCGCAAACCCGCUGGCGUCCUCGGCGGCGGCCGCCUCCACGGCGGCGGCGCUCGCAGCGAACGUGAUGGCGCGUGCAAGAGCGGUGCUGGGGCUGGGCGGUGCGGGCGAUGGCUCGGGGGCAGGGGGGCUGGGCAACGCGCAGCAGCAGGCGCUGGCGGCGCUCGCGGGCCUGGCGGACACAACCAUGACGGACUCGGACACCGUCCGCCGCCUCAAGGCGCAGGGGCGCAUGUAGUUGACUGAUGCUUGUGGCCGUGGCGGUGAUAGAAAGUGGUGGAACCAGAGCGAACACCGUCUGGUGCGCUUGUGGCCGCUGCUGGUGGAAGCCGAUCCGGCCUGAGUGCGGACGGCUGAAGAUGCCAAAGGGGCUGAAUGUGAUCAGCUGCCUACAACCUGGAUUGUGUGCUGGAAUGAGCUUGGCAGAUGGCGCGGUGCGCUGUUAUGUUCAGCGGGGCUGUUAAACGCUAUCAACGUGAGGCAAGGGCUCGGAAUUCAGGGUCGGAUGUCUCGUGCUAAGGACUAUCCGUUGCAGUUUAUUCCUGUUCGCGAACAAGAAAAGGUGGCUCUCCCUUGCAAGGGAAAAGUGGGCUGUGCCGCCACGCCGCGUCCUCCGAAGGUUCCGAUACUAGCCUCAUCUCCCGGACAUAGCCGGGGUCGGUUUGUACAGGCA